UACAAUCAUGACAACACAUGUCACAACUUUGUUGAGGAAAUAUCUUCAGUUCUGAAGUCGUCUGUUACGGAGUGCCCCGCAUGCCACACGCGAAGUGCCUUAAGGCCCUGGACAAUGUGGUUCACUUUAUUGUUGUGCAUUUUCAUCGUUGCAAUUCUCUGUACACACUUGCAAAAGCCAAAACAAUUUCCUCCAGGUCCCCCUCGACUUCCUAUUUUAGGAAAUCUCCUCACAUUUCAGCGUCUUGUGAAAGAUACUGGUCAUUUUUAUCUCGCCGUCAGUCAACUAGCUGCGAAAUAUGGAAGAAUUGUGGGUAUUUAUUUGGGUAGCGGUCCCCCCACUGUCUUCGUAUCGGGCUAUGAAGAGGUACAGCAAGCGUUGUCAAACAGCGAUUUGGACGGUCGCCCUGACGGAUUUUUUAAUAAAUUAAGAACAAUGGGCGAGAGACGAGACUUCGGUUUUGGGAAAAGAAGCAUGGAAGUUAUAAUUCAAGAAGAAGCCCAAAUUCUUGUCAGGCACGUUGAAACUUUAGCUACAGAACAUCCAGAUGGUGUGGCACUUCAUGAAGCUCUCACUCUGCCCGUUCUCAAUAGUUUGUGGGCCAUUGUUGCUGGUGUGAGAUACGAGUUGAAUGAUGAAAUAUUUAAAAAAUACAUAAGCAUUCAAGAUGCCCAAAUUAGAAAACUGGAUGCUUCAGGCGGUCUUGAAAUUGUGAACUAUCAUAAGAUCACCCUGGAACAACAAUAUUCUCGGGAUUUGAUUGAUGUAUAUCUUCAUGAAAUUGAGUCAAAUAAUUACGACAAAACAUUUUCAGAAUCACAACUGAUAGCUGUGCUCAAAGACCUGUUUGUUGCUGGAUCAGAAACUACAAGCAAUACUCUCAGCUUUUUCUUUCUGUAUAUGUUACUCUAUCCAGAUAUUCAGACAAGAGUUCAAGCAGAGAUUACUAAUGUUGUAGGAACUGACAAACUUCCAUCUCUAGAAAAUCGAAAAGACAUGCCAUACCUGUCAGCAGUACUUCUGGAAGUGCAGAGAAUUGCCAAUAUAGGACCAAUGACAUUGCCUCAUAGAGCUUUGGCUGAUGUUGAAAUUGGUGGUUAUGUCAUUCCUAAGGAUUCUACUGUCUUGAUGAGUUUAUAUAGCAUACACAUGAAUAAAGAAUACUGGGGAGAUCCUGAAGAGUUUAGACCUGAACGGUUCCUGAAUCCAGACGGUGUAUUUACUCCCAAUCCAAGAGUAUUACCAUUCGGAUCUGGUCAUCGACGCUGCCUUGGAGACACAUUAGCUAAAAAUAGUCUCUUCUUGUUUACUACAAUUUUACUACAAACAUUCUUUAUAUCACCAUCACCUGGAAAACAGAGUCCUUCUACCAGACCAAGAAAGGGUCUAACAUUAAAACCAGAGUCAUACAAUGUUGUGCUUACAAAGAGAAAA